AUGCGCACGUGGAUGCUGGAAAGGUCGUGUGGAAGCCAGAUGUGGGACUUGAAUUUUAAUUUUUCAUAUUCAGAGCGGGAUUACAGAAUUAAAGGGUCACAGCGAUACGAGCCUCUUCAUACUACGAUGGCGCCUGAAGUCAGGAAUUCAGACAAAAAGAACAGAAGACGGAGAAAGAAGAGAAGAACCGAGGACUUCUCGUCCGACUCAGACUCCUCGGACUCUGUGGAUUCAGACACCAGUGUGAGGCACUCUGUAGUGGAGGACCAGCCAGCUGAAACAGCAGCACCGGAAAAUGAGGCUGUUGUGGCAGAUAUUGACUCAUUAGAGUUGCCCAUAUUAUCCGAUUCAACAAAGAGAGACCUCAACAGACUCAGACUGAGGCCUGUGCCUGGGUCGAGAGAUCUGGAUGCUAGGUCCAUCGCCCAGUUGAAUGCAGACCUUGGCGCUGAUAAGGCUGUACUGAAUGAAUAUCUCAAGCAAAUCACUAUAGCCUACGCUAACGAUCUUGAUGAGUUGAGAUCCAAGCCAGAUUUCAAGGGGGAAGCUUCUUUGAGUCUUCUGGUGAAACUACUCAAAGAGUCCGGCAACGUGUUUGACAAGGAUACGCUUAAGGCGUUUGCCUAG